AUGACAAAGAACGAGCACGAUUUUAUAAUUGAUGGACAGACAUGUCAUUUUCAUGAUGAAAGUAUUAAUGGCAUAUUUGGCGGUCAUUUUCAUACGUAUGAUAAUUUCUGUAUAUCAUCUCAGCAUUCAUCACGAAAGAUACAUGUUUUUGUACCAAAUGAUUAUUUGACAAAUACUGAACAGAAACGAUAUCCUGUUAUUUAUAUGAAUGAUGGACACAAAUCUUUUUGGAAUGGAGGAUUAUCAAAUAAAUCUUGGAGAGUUGGAGAAACAUUAUCAACAAUUUAUGAAACAGAUCAAUCAAAACAAGUGAUUGUUGUUGCCAUUCAUCCAAUCGAUCGCAAUCGAGAAUAUACACAUUCACAUUGGAUGUGGAAAUAUACUUAUGGUGGAGUAGAUGAUUACAAUAACUAUAUUGUAAAUCAUGUAAAACCAUUUAUUGAUAGAAACUAUCGCACAUUAUCUGCAGCCAAAUAUACAGUAAUCGUCGGUUCUAGUCAUGGAGGUUUGGCAGCAUUUCAUAUGGCUCUAUCUUAUCCGACAAUAUUUGGUAUUGCCAUCUGUAUGUCACCAUCAUUUUGGGCUGGACUCGACUGGUUAAUUGGAUCAAGUUUAACAAACGUUUGUUGUUCGCUUGAAAAAUCUACUUUGAUUCAAAAAUACGAUUAUGUUUUACGAUCAGACAAUGCUCCAUUAUUAUAUAUUGAUUGGGGUUUGUCAAAAGAUUGGCACUUACAUAAUAUCAUUAUUGAACGUCUGGCUGCUAGUCGAUCGAGUGAGAUGGUCAAAUUAUUGACAAAAAAAUAUGGCUAUAAACAUAUUUCUGUGGAAUCAAAUGAACAUAUUGAUAACACUGAGAAACUUGUGUUGACAUGCAUCGAUCCACACGGUGAACAUGAUGAAAUAUGGUGGGAGAAACGAUUUUUUACUAUUGUUAACACUCUUUUUGAUCAGAUCUGGAAAUUAAAAUAA